UUUUGGGAACUUUUGUGAAACUGGGGCAGAGUGGAAAAAGAGAAGCGGAGAAAUACUGCUUCUGAGGGCUCACUGUACUGAGGGUCUAAUGGGCAACCGUACCCCAUGUGCUUUGAAGCUGUGGAAUUAUUGCUGAUACGCCAACCCUAAGUAAAUAUUUGGCCAGCUGUAGCUUCCUGCCGGAUAUUUCUGGAGAUAUAACCUUGUUGACAUAUCUAUGUGACCAUGUUGGGAAGACUGCGUGUGGUGGAGAAAGCCAUGCAGGCGACAGCUGUCUUGAUCCUUGUGUUUCUCUGCACCGCCAGCAAAGGUAACCGUUCUUCACUGAAUGACUUCCAAAGGCUAAAGGCUACUAACCUGAUCACUUUGGCUCAACAGAGGGGGGAGCAGAUCAAUGAAGUAGAAGAAUGUGCCCGGCAAUGUAACACCUUGGUAGACUGCAGAGCCUUUCUCUACAACUGGCAGCGUUAUGGAUGCCAACUGCUGACUGUGACCCAAAAUUCACCGCACACCCGGCUGCAAAGGAAUGUUCACUAUGACCUCUACCAGAAGAAAGAUUUCGUCCAUCCCAAUAUAAUGGUUUAGAAGAAAAUUUUUGCCGGAAUCCAGAUAAUGAUUGGCAUGGUCCCUGGUGCUACACAAUUGAUCCUACUACCCGACAUCAAAGCUGCGGCAUCAAGAAAUGUGAAAAUGCUGUCUGUGUGUCAUGUAAUGGUGAGGAUUAUCGGGGAUUCGUUGAUCACACUGUGUCAGGCACAGAGUGCCAACGCUGGGACCUGCAGCACCCUCACAAGCAUCCAUACCUGCCAAACAAAUACCCAGAUAAAGACCUUGCUGAUAAUUAUUGCCGUAAUCCUGACAGUUCUGAGAAACCUUGGUGUUACACAGUGGAUCCUGCCAAAGAGCGUGAAUUCUGUCACAUUCAUAAAUGCAAGAAACAUCCACAUCUGUCUAUUACAACCAGCUGCUUCCGGCUGAAAGGAGAAGACUAUCGAGGCAAGGUGAAUGUCACUACAUCGGGCGUCCCCUGCCAACGUUGGGACUCACAGACACCACACCGACACAAUUUCCACCCUGAGAAAUAUCCAUGCAAAGACCUAAGUGAGAAUUACUGUCGGAAUCCUGAUGGCUCAGAGGCUCCCUGGUGCUUCACUACUAUGACCAGCCUGCCUAGAGCUUUCUGUUUCCAGAUCGAGCGCUGUGCUGAGGAUGUGGAGGCAGAAGACUGUUACUAUGGAAAUGGGGAAGAUUAUCAAGGCACAGUUAGUAAGACCCGGAAAGGAAUUACCUGCCAGAAAUGGAAGGAACAAACCCCUCACACACUCCAGCAUUUCUUUCCCUUACUACCUAAUGUGCGUCUUGAACAGAACUAUUGCCGUAACCCUGACAAUGACAGUCAUGGGCCUUGGUGCUACACUAUGGAUCCUAACACCCAAUUUGAUUACUGUGCCAUUAAACCAUGUGCUGAUGACAAGAAGCUGUCCCUUUUGCUGAAUCCAGAGAACGUGGCUUUUGACCAGUGUGGCAGGAGGAUUGAGCGAACAGAGGUACGGGCUCGGAUUGUAGGAGGCGGACCUGGAAACUCACCUUGGACAGUCAGUAUCCGCAAUCGUGAUGCAGACUUAACUGGUUACCACGUCUUGCUUGGAACACUCUUUAAGAACCCUGGUCCUAAUGAUCCAAACAAACAGGCCAUUCCUAUAAUUAAGAUUGUCUGUGGUCCCUCUGAAUCACUUGUGGUGAUGCUGAAACUGGAGAGGCCUGCACUUCUGAAUCAACGUGUGGCAUUGAUCUGCCUUCCACCUGAGCGUUACAUUGUGCCCGAGAACACCCUGUGUGAGAUUGCAGGAUGGGGUAGCACUGGAGGAACUGGGAAUAACAAUGUCCUCAAUGUGGCCAGGCUGCCAGUCAUGAACAGUCAAAACUGCAACGUGGCACUUCGUGGCCGUCUGAAGGAAAAUGAGCUAUGUACAUCACCACUGAAAGUUGGCGUGGGAGCCUGUGAGGGUGACUUUGGAGGUCCUUUGGCCUGCCUGACUCAAGACUGCUGGGUGCUAGAAGGUGUGAUCACCCCAUUGCGGGUAUGUGCUCGCAAAGACGUGCCUGCCACCUUCAUCCGAAUCUCUAUGUAUGUUGACUGGAUCAACAAAGUGAUGAGGUUGAGCUGAGCUUUUGUAUAUUUAUCAUAAAUUGCUGCUCGUCUCGCCAUUCUCAGAAUUAGCGUAGAGCAGUCAUUCUCAUGUCACGUGAAAAGCAUUGCCAAAAAGGUUCCUGAUUUUAUAGAAAAGAUACUUCCAUAAGCUGACGUCAGUCACAAUUUUUGUGCUCCAUUUUGUGGAGUUUAUCUAAGUGGCUAAGAGAAUCUGCAACAAUUAAUUGCUUAUUAUACUGCAUCUUUUGCUAGACGCUUAGCUGAAGAAAUAUUGAUGUUAGUGACCAUCAUGGCUUCAAACUAGCAAAUUUAAUGAGAACAUUAUGAAACCAUCCUCUAAGAAGUGUGAACUGAACAUAUGACUAAACUAAUAUGCUUUAACUAAGCAUAAGCUAAUAUGUUGCAUUAUUAAAUCCCUCAUGUCCUUUUGAUAGGACUGGUUGGUUGUUAUCCAUGAGUAUCAGCUCUUUCAGUGAAUAUAAUCAUGGGCCGAAGUUUCAAUAUGCAAGGCUUUAACCAUGGCCUCCUCAUUGGAGCAGUUCUUGGGUUUAUAUUUAACAUGGACAUUGUCUGCAAUUUCUUUUUUUUUAUCAUCAGUAUUAAAAGUUCAAUUGAGGUUGAAUAUUCCACAGAUUUAAAGAAAUAUUGCUGCCCUUAGAACACAUGUAUCAUUUCCAAGUCCUGGGAUAAUUUCUGGCAAAUGGGUGCUGCAGACCUUCAGUGUGGUUUUUUUUGAAAAUCCCUUCUCUCUUUUUGGUAUCACUUGUGAUCUGGUGUUCUCCAGAUGUCAAAAGAUAACAAUUCAUAGCCAACUCCAAGGGUUCAUGGGAGGUAUUGUCCAAGGCAGCUGAAUGUGAUUAGCAACUUUAUCCUCUGAACCAGCAUACAAAACAUCAUACCAUAUCUUUAUUUUUGCAGUCCAGACAUUCAUUUUUAAAAAAAUGUUAAUGAUUAAUGUAUUGGUCCAUUAUAGGUGUAUUAACCUACAUGUGGUUCAAUUUUUUUUCACAUCUGAAAUGACAUUUCUGUAGUCCAGGAAAACCUGAGUUUUUCUAUUGUAAUAGUACAUGUAAUAUUUCUAUGCUUUCUCAGAAAUACUUCUCAAGUAACAUAAAUUAUAGCCACCACAAAUGAUUGUACUGCAUUUUAUCUUUUAUGUAAUUACAGUUACAUUGUUUGUAGCAACUGCGUGCCAAAUUGUAUAUAACCAUUCUUACAGAGGCCUCAAAUUUGAUAUAAUAAUUACUGUAUUUUUCAGAGUAUAAGACGUACCUUAGUUUUUGGGGAGGAAAAUAGGAAAAAAAAUCUGCCUACCAGGUAUUCAUCUAGCUAGUGUCCUCAGUUUCAGCACAUUAGCUUGUUGGUUGUGAGUGUGUGUGCUCCUCAACCCCACCAAGACCCUGCUGAUUCAUCUCAUGUGUGUGAGAUGGUGUUACAGAUUCAUAAGAGUCCAUCGCUGAUGAAUGAGUUUAUAAUUAGUAUCUAUGGUAAACAAAUAUUUGUAAUUUGCAGUAUAUCCACAUUUAUUGAUAGAGGAAAAUGGUGGGCAUUUUCCAUCAGAAGUUUCUAAAAGCAACAAAUAUUCCAUCAGAGAACUGAGAAAGAAUAAAAACAGUCUUUGAUAUUUA